GGUCUGUCAAACACAUACCACAAACAGCUCAAUAUACAGGUCUGUAGGGACUUAGAGAGGGGAAUGAUGAUCAGUUUUGUGGUGAUUGUGGCCUGCCUGCUGCCUGUAUCUCGGGGUUUGGAGCUGAAGGGGCUGUUUGGCAAUUUCACCUCGCCCCAGUUCCCUAACCGCUACCCUGACAACCAGCACAUGGUGUGGAAUAUCACUGUCCCAGAGGGGCAUAGGGUCAAGCUCUAUUUCACCCACUUCAGUCUGGAGCACUCUUACCUGUGUGAAUAUGACUACAUCCAGGUGUUUUCAGAGGGGAAUGAGACGGUGAAGUUCUGUGGGGACGCUGACAAAAAUCACGAGGAUGCCCCGAGGAACACUGUCCUUUACUCGGCUGGUAACACCAUGUCAGUGGUCUUCAGAUCCGACUACUCCAACGAGGGUCGAUUCACUGGCUUCCAAGCGUUUUACACCUCUGAAGACAUCAAUGAGUGCCAGAGUAUAGUGGAUGGAGAGCCUAUAUGUGACCAUUACUGCCACAAUUAUGUGGGCGGCUAUUACUGCACUUGCAAGUUGGGAUACCUGCUUCAUCCCAACAAAAGGGCCUGCACUGUACAAUGCAGUGGCCAGGUGCUGACCCAAAGGUCAGGAGUGCUGAGCAGCCCGGAGUACCCCAGUCCUUACCCCAAACUGAGCCAGUGUGACUACCACAUUCGCCUGCCGGAGGGCUUCAGAGUGGUGCUGGACUUCCUGGAGCCUUUCGAUGUGGAGACCCACCCGGACGUCCCCUGUCCAUAUGACAUCUUGAAGAUUGCUACAGACAGGGAGCAGUACGGGCCGCUGUGUGGGACGACUCCGCCGGCCAGGAUAGAGACGGGCAGCCAUGACGUGCGUGUGCUUUUCAAAAGCGACUCCUCGGGGAAGAACCAGGGAUGGAAGAUCAAAUACACAGCCACAGCCACACCCUGCCCAAACCCUGUAGCACCUCCUCAUGGACAAAUUCAGUCACCGCAACCUCAAUACAUCUUCACAGACAGCUUCGACCUGACCUGCGAGAUAGGGUACGAAUUAUUGCAGGGGGGGAGGUAUCUCUCAUCUUACCGAGCCACAUGUCGGAAGGACGGGACGUGGGACUCUCCGAUGCCGACGUGCACACUUGUUGACUGCGGUACACCUGAUGAAAUCCCCAAUGGAAAGGUUUCCUUCAGCAUAACCACUUACCAGUCUACCCUCCAAUACAGCUGCAAUGCCCCUUUCUACAUCAUGAAAGGCAGUGGAGAUGGAAUCUACACUUGUUCCCACAAUGCCAACUGGACAGAUUCACUAGGAAGCACUGAACCCCCAGAGUGUGUGCCUUCCUGUGGGAAACCCCAGAGCGGCAAGCUGUCUCGCAUCAUCGGGGGCGAGAAGGUGGGCAAGAAGGAGAUCCCCUGGCAAGUGCUGGUGCUCAUGGGUGGCCAGUUCAAAGGAGGCGCGACGCUUCUCAGCGACGACUGGGUCCUGACGGCCGCCCACGUCCUGUACGGCUACCAGGAGCCCGCCAACUUGCAGGUGAAGAUGGGCCUGGUCCACAAGAACGACACCGAGGCUGUCUUGGGCUUCCCGGAGAGAGUCUUCCUCCACCCAGGGUACCGGCACGAUGGUGUCAACUUCAACCAUGACAUCGCCCUGAUCAAGCUGGGCGGGAAGGUGCCCAUCACCGCGGCGGUCAUGCCCGUGUGCUUGCCUGAGCGGGACGAGCGCUUCACCCUCCGGACUGACGACCUCGGCAGGGUGUCGGGGUGGGGGGUGUGGAAGGAGGGCCGGCGCAGGGCCUCCCCCCAGCUCAGGUACACCGAGGUGCCCGUGGUGGACUUUGAGCAGUGCCGCGCCGCCUACCGGAACAUCAAGGCGGAUGACGGCCGGCACCUGGUCGUCACGGAGAACAUGGUGUGCGCUGGACUCCCCGAGGGCGGUAAGGACGCCUGUGAGGGGGACAGCGGCGGGCCCCUCGUGUUCUACGACGACGUGAGCGCCAGAUGGUUCGUCGGCGGCGUCGUCUCCUGGGGUUACGAGUGUGCCAAAGCGGGCCAGUACGGAGUCUACACCAAAGUUAGCAACUACCUAACCUGGAUUGAUGAGAUAAUGGAGAGUAAUCGUUAAUCCUUGUUAAUGCACCGUCUUCUGUUACAAAUUAUAUUGAACAGCAUGCAUAUUUUUGCAAAGCAUUGAUGUCAUUUUUGAGUCUGUCUGAAUUUCUCAGAAGUAUGUAGUAAUUCUGUGCUUUUAUUGAACCACAAGGUCCCCAAAAUUGAUUGCCGUGUGGAUGGGGAUUAAACUGAGGCCACCUUACUGAAAAGAAUGUUUAUCCAAACAUUGUUACAUAAUUGAUAUCCACUGCAAUUUCGAAAACCAACAAUGAAGGUCAUGAAGUGGAAUUCAAAAUAAAAAAUUCCCCAUCUCUAAAGUAUACAACUUAGUUGUAUUUCUCUUAAACGUCAAAUACAGGUUUUCCACUUUCUAUUACAAUUCACAAAUUCCAGUCAAAUUCCAUCUCUUUCAUACUGCACUUGUGAGGUCAUCACCAUUAUGUACCUUUUUGAAUAACACCAAAGUCUGGCUCCAGCCUUCUAUGAAUAUAAUCUUAUCCCAUGGUGUGUCCGUCACAUAUGCUUUAAUCUGGAAAUACAUGUGUUAUAACUUAUUAAAAUUAAUAUCACCUGUCGAUUCUUUUUUCUUUAUAAAAUUGCUGCUCCUCACUGUCUGUUGGAAGAAAGGAUUUCAGACAUGAUAGUGAGCGAGCAGCAGUGUGGCAUAGUGGUCAGGAGCAGGGCUUGUAACCAAAAGGUUACUGGUUCAA